AUGUGUUCUUCUAUUAUCUUCUUACAGGUUUCCAUAUGGGGAGAAAACGCGAGAUGGAAAAUUGAUCUAGUUUUAUUACCUGAUGAAGAAACAGAAUCUCAAAAUCAGACCAUCGAAGAUAUGAUAAAUUCAACCAAUUCAACUGUAGGCCAUCAUUCGCCAGUCAGUGAAAAUGCAACAUCAUCCUCAAGAGCUAUUUAUGAUUCAAGUAGUAUGCUACAGUUAAAUCCUAAAACAGAGGAUGACGUUUUGUGUGAAAGUAAUCCUCAAAGUUUUUCUAUGCUAGAUGAUGAUAGUGUGGACAAACUAGACAUUGAGGAUGCGAAACGCAUGUUGCGAGAUGUUAUGCUUCAUAUUCGAGCAUACGAAACAAUGCUGGAAAGAUCAACACGGGAAUUUGGAUUAAAAGAAAAAGAGAAAAGCAGCAAGCAUGCCGUAGAAAUUCAGCUACUGCAAGAAGAUCUUAGAAUACUUAGCAGAAAACUUAAAGAAUCAAAUGCCCAGUUGAUAGAAUCACGUGCAAAGCAAGCUAGUUUGCAACAAGAACAAGAAGCUUGCCAGAUAGUUGAAUACGUUCCUCAGCAACAAACAAACGGAUAUUUAACGUAUAAUUUUCCCUAUGUUCGAAAAAUACCGCAGACAACUCAUAUAAACCAACCAUUAGUUAUUCACAAUCAGAUUCAAUCGACGACAAAUCAGCAGAUUAUUCCUUCGUUAUAUUCAGCACAAUCUGUCCGUAAUCAUUCCUUUACUUCUUCACCAAAUCAGCAAGAUCUAAACGGAUCGGUCUUUUCCCAAUAUUCUGUAUCACAGAAUGACAGUGACCGAGUGGCAUAUUCCGCUUAUUCUUUUCGGCAACCUACUGCUAAUCUAAUGCCAAUCGCAUAUCCAAUGCAAUUAGACGGUCAUGUAAUGAACAUGCCUACAGAAAUCUCAUCAUACUCUCCUAUCCAAACAAAUGUUCCAGCCGGGUCUACAUCGUAUUCCGCAAUGCGGCCAAAUGAUCACACAGGAUUAGACAAUCUCUCCCUGGCUGCAGAAUUAAUCCUGUCAUCAGCAGUCUCAUCUAAUGUUUCAAAAGAUCAACAUACUAGUCAGAAUACUCAUCCUUUAUCUAGCGCACGCGUUUUGUCUAAUACUCGCGAAGGUAUAUCUCAAAUAACGGAACAAUCUCAACCAGAUACUUCUAUGAGCAUGGGAAUAAAUACUCCUCAAAAAGAUUCGGAUGCUAUCAGACUGCCAGAAGAUUUUUCCACUCCAAGCAUAAAUUGUAAAAACGAAGCGCCUGUAACUGGUCGUACGUACUUAGUUCAUGAUCCCGAGAUUAAUGGGACAUCUGCUUCUUUAAGAAGUUUCAUGUCAGCGUCAGAAUCAAUAAAAACAAAUAAAGUAGACUUAAAGUGUGAGGGCACUCUGAAUGAACACGAUGAACAAUCAAUGCGAUCGUCGUCACCAGUAACGGAGAGUCAUGAAGAUGAACCUACGGUGAAUGAUGCUGAUUUAGAUGGAGAUUGUGAUUCGAUGGAUACAGACGAAAAUAUUCAUGAAGGUGGUGAGGAAGGGGUAAAUAACAAUGAUGUUACUUCUUCUCAUGAAGAGUCUGAUGAUGCGCCAAAUCCUUCACCUAAAAGACCAACUCCUCUAAAAAGAGUACCACCAGUUCAAAUAUUUUAA